CACAGCUGGGAAAGUGUGUAAACCCCAUUCCCAGAUAGUGGACUCGUCCUCACACUGCCAUGUUGGAUGGACCUGGCUCUGGGCUCUCUGGCGGACGGACUUCCCAGGAAACUUUUUGCCGUCUUCGCUGCAAUUUUUACCUCCUUUUAAAGAGGAGCGGGACGUCGCACUGCAUCCCCAAAACGGCAUACAUUUCUAUGCACCCCGAUAUCACUGCACCUCCGGCAUAAACUACCGGUGUGAGGAGGAGGAGGAGGGGUGGGAGGGUCGGAGGAAGGCCACGGAUGACCGAGGAAUUGUUUAUGUAUCUUUUUUGUCGGGGGGGGAGAGAAAUCUCAUAUAACGAGUUACAGUCGGUGCAUACUUUAAAUCAAUUCAUCCCUAAUAAUGAGUGGACAUCCGUCGCAACGGCGACAACCAAAUAUCGGGUCGAUACAGCUAACCCAGCAGGAAAACGACUGCCUUUUCAACCACCUUGGCAGGAAAUGCAUCUCAUUGUCGGCAGCAGUGGUCCAGGUGUUCACGGCAGAAAGGAACUCCAGCUGGAACAAGAGAUGCUGCGGUGUGGCCUGUCUGGUCAAAGACAACCCCCUACGGUCCUACUUCAUCAGAGUCUUGGACAUCAAGGAUGGCAAGAUCAUGUUUGAACAGGAGCUUUACAACAGCUUCAACAUCUACCUUCCCAAACCUUACUUCAUCACAUUUACUGGAGAUACGUGCCAAGUGGGCCUGAACUUUUCCAGCGAGGAGGAGACCAAGCGUUUCCAUAACCAUGUGGCAGAGCUGAUUGGGAGAAGACAGAGGAAAUCUGAGAAGAGACGCGACCCUCCAAAUGGCCCAACGUUGCCCAUGGCUACUGUCGACAUCAAAAACCCCGAGAUCAGCAACGUUCCACGUUUCCAUAACAACUCUCAGGUGAACAACAUUGUGCACUCGUCCUUCCAAAAGAGGGAGAAAAAGGGCAAGGCGAAGAAGAAGAGGCUGACCAAGGCGGACAUCGGCACACCGAGCAACUUCCAGCACAUUGGGCAUGUAGGAUGGGAUCCAAAUACAGGUUUUGAUUUAAAUAACUUGGACCCGGAGCUGAAGCAUCUGUUUGAUAUGUGUGGCAUCUCCGAGGCUCAGCUGAAGGACAAGGAGACAUCCAAGGUCAUCUACGACUUCAUUGAGAAGAAAGGAGGCGUAGAAGCUGUCAAAAACGAGCUACGGAGACAAGCUCCUCCGCCUCCUCCAUCCAGAGGCGCCCCUCCCCCACCCCCGCACCACGGCUCAGCCCCACCCCCACCUCCUCGCCAGGGGCGAGGUGCCCCGCCACCACCUCCCCCCAGAGCUCCCAUCUCUGCACCCCCUCCUCCCCCUCCAUCCCGGCUGGGCAUGACCGCUCCGCCGCCUCCGCCUCCCAGCCGAGGCUCUCUCCCGCCCCCACCUCCACCGGCCCAUGCCUCGAUUUCGGUGGCGCCUCCACCACCACCUCCUCCUCCCUCAUCCUCAAUUCCAUCCAGUACCGGGGCACCGCCUCCUCCGCCUCCGCCUCCGCCGCCCCCUGGCCCCCCACCACCUGCCCCUAUGCUGCCCACGGAGGCUAACGGAGGGGACAGCAGUCUGCCCGCACUUGGCAAGGGGGCCCUGCUGAAUCAGAUCAGAGAGGGCACCCAGCUGAAGAAGGUGGACCAGAAAGAGAGGCCGGUGUCCACCAACACCGGCAGAGACGCGCUUCUGGAUCAAAUCCGACAAGGAACCAAACUCAAAGCGAGGGAUGACAACACAGACUCAGCUCCAUCAACCCCGGCCCCAUCGGCAGGCAUCGUCGGAGCCCUGAUGGAGGUGAUGCAGAAGCGGAGCAAGGCCAUUCACUCUUCAGAUGACGACGAUGACGACGAAGAUGAUGAGGACUUUGAGGAUGAUGAUGAAUGGGAGGACUAGCGACCAAUUUUUUUUUUUUUUCUUUCUUUUUUUGUCUCCCCUCUCCAACCCGUGGAUGAUUAUGACACUAAAAUAGCUCUCGUCUUUCUAAAAAGAAAUCUUUAAAUUCAAAAUUCUAAAUGUAAAUGUUCUAUCAAUUUGCUGUAUAUUUUUGUUGCCUUUAUGCUUUUUUUUUUUUUAUUAAUCUGUGCAAUACCUCAUUUAAUCUGUAAAUGUUUGUCAUUCUCAUAUCUUAGGCUCUUUCUUUAUCCACGUCAUGUCUGUCUCUACUCUGUCGCCUCCAUCUCGUCUCUUGAUAGGAAUAUGUCUCAUUUUAAUGCAUCUCUUUCACCUCCUCCCACAUUCCCCAGUUGACCUCCAUCUGUUACUCAGCCAUCUUUCAUAUAUACGCCCUCCCAUCACUCAUGCUCCAUCCCUGUCACUCUCCAAUGUUCCCAUUCCCCAGAUCAACACGUGCAAUUUUUCAUCAAGUUAUCUCUUGAACCUUAGAGUUGAAUGUUUUUUGUUUUUUAUUCUUUUUGGUCAGUGAUUGAAGGGAGGGCUUAGUCGCCACAAAUCCUUCAUCAAUCGUGUUCUCUUUAUCCGGAGUAAAAAAAAAAAAAAAAAAAGAACUAUUUUCAUACCCUAUUGCUCUCUAGUUUAUUUUUACUUAUUCAAAUGAACCUAGUUUAGCACUCAUAUUUUCUUAAAACUAAGAUGAAAAAAUAGAAAAUACUCUUUUGGAAUAUUUAGCUUAAUUUGCUGUCGACUGUAAAUUUGCUCCAGAGUUUGAGUCUUGUUAUAUUUUUGCACAGAUUGAAAGAGGAGACUCGUUGCAUGAAUACAGGACAUUUUCAGGUCUGUAUCAUUAUGGAACAAACCUAUGCUUUAAGUAACGAGGCACUUGGACAUAAAGCAUUUUUAACCGUUAACCCACCACACUACAUAAAGUAAACACAAGGAGGUAGCCCACAGUUUUAUGGCUGGCUAUCUAUUGUGAUUUAUUUUCUUUACUUUAUUUUUUUUUUCACUGUUUCACUCAAGAUUCAGUUGAAAUUGUGCUUUUUCUUUCAUUUUUUUCUUUUUCAAAAAAAUGUUAUUACAAAAUCAAGCAGAGUAUUCUUAUGUCUGUUUGAAUCAGGUCAUUCAUAAUGUUAAACUUAAUAAAGACAUGUUAGGUUUUACACACCUGAUGCUUAUAAUGGGUCCAUAUGCUAAGUUACUGUACAGAAACAGUGGGGACAAGAAAUAGUAUUUUUCCUCUUGUAGACACUAAGUGCUGACACAGUUUAGGGAGAAACACUAGAUUCAUGGCAUCAUUCAAACAAGUAUUCACAUUGUCUUGACUAACUAGUAAAUCAUGAGGUGUUAUAUAGGAAUAUAACUCGGUGGUCAAUUAUGCUCUACAAAGACCAAAUGGUCAGAUGUCUUAUAUUUAAAGGUGGAUUUUUCACACAGGGCAAAACUUUAAAUGCCAAUUUUAAAAUCUGCUUUUUUUUUGUGAAAAAGACAACUGCAAUGGCGUGACUUGUCCCGGUUUGAUAAAACCCAUCCAGUCUGACUCAAAAGAAAGUAAAAGUGACCUAUUUGUAACUGUUAUUUCAGCAUUAUUGCCUAAAGUGGGGACUCUGUACUUAUGGAUUGCUCGCUAACAAACGUGAGGACAUAUGUGUCUCUCUUUAAAGCCGUUAACGACUGUAACAUGUUAGACUGUAACUUGUUAAACAGCAGCUACUGCAGCCACAAGUGACAAUUGUGGAAAAAUGCGAAAUGCUAUAACCAUACUAUAACAGUGGCACAAAUGGAGAAAAAUGAUUUGUGUCGUUAAGCAAUAUCUAUCUAAGGUUUAGCUAACAUUAGCCAGCAUAUGCUAACUGGUCAUACCAGGCCAAAAACGGCUGCGGCAGCAAAACCCCUGAGUGUAUUGAAUUUAGCAAAAGUGCAUUUUGUUGAUAAUGAAUUCAACUUUAAAUGUGUAAGGGGAAGAAUGUGCUAAUUCCUCCUCCUAAAUCUUUGUAUUGAAGGGCGCCAGAGCUGGUUAAAUGCUAACCCCCUUUUUCCUUUAAGCUUCAAAUAUAAAGGUUUUCUCUACGGCUGUCAUGUUAACAUUUCAAACAGGCUAACUAGUGACAUGCUAAUAUUGCUAUCUUGUUGUGGCGUUUAGGAGAGCUAAUAGAGAAAAGUCACGUAACAAAUAUCCCAAAAAAAUAAUGACAUGUCAAAAUGAGUUGGGUUUUUUUUUGUUUAUUUCCACUGUUUGCCGGUUUAAAGCAGAGAAAUGUUGGUGCCCUCUUUAAAUUCUGUCUUUUAGAGACAAAUUGCCACUUGUUUGAUGUAAGAACUGACCUCUUCUGUCAAUUGGCAAGAUACUUUUUGGGGGAAACCUUGCCAUGUUUUCGCUGAUGCUAGCUUCUGUAGGUGACUCGGUAUAUAAGGACGCCAAGCCUUCUCAAUGAGGCUUGGCAAAUAAUGAACUCUUACAUUGUACACUCCAAUAAA